UGUUUCCAGCCGGACGUGUUUCAGCGUUGUACCCGCGUGGCUCUCAGCGCGCAGCCGAUGAUUUAAUUACACUAUAAUAAUCCCGUUUUAUAAUAUGACAGAUUAGACAACUAUUGAUUUUAGGUCACUGAGUGAUUUAUAGCGGCUUCCUGCAAAUACUUCACCUGGAUACUGAGAUGUUUGCAAAAGCGUUUCGUGUGAAAUCUAACACCGUUAUCAAGGGAUCUGACAGGAGGAGGCUGAGAGCAGAUGUCUCUGCUGCGUUCCCUGCUCUGUCAGCUGAGGAUAUAAAUGAGCUGAUCCCGAAUAAAGAAGAGCUGAAUAUUGUGAAGAUUUACGCACAUAAGGGAGAUGCAGUCAUUCUCUACGUCCUCCAUAAAAAUCCCAUAUUCUUUCAGCUGGAGAAACGGCUGUUUCCAACAGUGUACACUCUUUGGCGAUAUCCCAGCAUGUUACCAGCAUUUGUCACGUGGCCGCCUGUCCUGCAGAAGUUAGCUGGUGGAGCAGAUCUCAUGCUGCCGGGUGUAGUGGUGACUGCUGAUGGCCUUCCUGAAGUACAGCAGGGAGACUGCUGUGCCGUCACUCUUGUGAUGAACAGGGCACCAGUGGCUGUUGGCACAGCAGCUGCGUCGACUGCUGAGAUGAGGAACGGUGGAAUGAAGGGGAGAGGACUCAGUAUUUUACACACAUACAUGGAUCAGCUGUGGGCGUUUGGUGAUAAGUCUCAUCCUCCGGUUAUGCCAGUCACAAACUCUCCAGCACAGGUGGAGGAAGAGGAAGGUGAGGAGGAAGAGCAGGAGGAGAAGGACAGCUCUGAUCCAGCUCCAGUGGAAGCAUCUUGUCAGAACAUGGAGGAGCUGAGGCUGGAUGAACAUGAGGUGUUGAAGGAAGAAGAAGCGGCUGAGGAUAAAGACGGAGAAGACACUAACAAAGAAGAGGACUCUAGAUCUCCACAGGAGCAGAUGGAUGAGUUACUGCUGCAGUGUUUCCUCCAUGCACUUAAGACUAAAGUCAAAAAGUCCCAGCUGCCACUACUGACAAGCAACUUCCUGCGCCACCACAUGCUGCCCUGCUGUCCUAAAGGAAAGUACCUAGAAAUCAAGAAAUCCAGUUAUAAAAAGCUUUCUAAGUUUCUGCAGUGCAUGCAGAAAGAUCACGGUCUGGUUCAGGUGAAGGAGCUGAGUAAAGGUGUGGAGAGCAUUGUGGACGUUGACUGGAGAAACCCUGUGUUGUGUUCUUUCCGCGUCCCAGAAGACUUUGAGCCAGAGAUCAAAUCUGAAGAGGGGAGUGCAGCUUCUGAGGAUCUUUACCAGCCCCCUGAAAUCACACCACUGUAUGGGGUCACUGCACGCCUGGAGCCUCUCUUUCAGGACGCAAAGAAAAGAAAGGGAACACCUCUAAAGGCCACUGAGGUGAGGAAUAUCAUCACAGAAUAUGUGAAGACAAAUGAACUUGUCCAUGAAACCAACAAAAAUUAUGUUAACAUUAACCCUACGCUUUGUGACUGUUUGCUGGAGAAGUCUGAAUAUCAGGAAGUGGAGAAGCUAAAAUGGGAUGAACUCUUUAGCAGGACUCUCAUCAGAAUGCAAGCGUGCCAUGAGGUGCUGAUCCCAGGUCAGCCUCCCUUAGUUAAGAAAGGACAGAUGGAGCCCAUAGACAUUACUGUCGCAUCCAGGGGCUCCAAUAAAAAGGUAACGAUAAUUAAGAAUCUGGAGGCGUUUGGUUUGGAUCCAGCUGUGGUAGCAGACACUCUGCAGCAUCUGGUUCAGGCCAGCUGUGUUCUCCAGGAUGCCCCAGGAGCCAAAAACAGAGUCCUGGUGCAGAUCCAGGGAAACCAGGUUCAACAAGUUGGCAAACUGCUGCUAGAUCGUUAUAAGAUCCCACGGAAAUAUGUACAAGGUCUUGACAAAGCUCCCAAACCAGGCAAGAAGAAAUAGCAGACGACACCUCAACAGAAGAACCAUGUGUCAUUGUAACAUUUUAAACAAUAUCUAGUUCAGCCAUAACAUCAUGUGUGCAAUAAAAGAAAUCUGAUUUCGUUCUGAACCAUCUCUU